AACCUUGUUCUGGCGCAAGCAGUGGUUAGUACUAGAAUUCUAAAACAAGUUUACAGAAGAAGGCGCGCUUCCUGUGUUAUCCAGAUUGCAGAGCAGAACCAAAACCCCCAAGUUUACCUCAAAUGGAGACCCUUGUGAGUUCAUCCUCCAAAGUAGCAACCACUUUUCUCUCUCCUCUACCUAAUCAUUUUUCUGGGUUUUCUUCUUCUGCCAAUUCUUGCUUGAUAUCUCGAAAUGGGUACUUAUCUUUUGGACCAAUUUCAUCAAAUAAGCUACUUUUUAGAAGCUCUAAAAGGUCAUUAAUGGUGGAAGCUAAAAAGGGCAAUGAAAAAAAGAACAAGAAUGAUAAAGUUGACACUCACAGUUUUGCUCCUAAAUCUGAUGAAGCUACUGGCCCUUUUCCUGAAUCUGUUCUUCUUAGAGAGAAAAAGGUUCAAGAAGAUGGUAGAGUUCUGCCUGAGUUUGCGGACGAUGAAGAACAAGAACUUUUUGAGUUUCUAAAUCUUCAGCUGGAAAGUGAUUUGAACGUUGAGCAGAUGCGUCAUUAUGAAGUGAUUUAUUUGAUUCAUCAAGACUAUAAGGAGAAGGUUGAAGAUGUGAAUUCCAAGAUUCAAGACUUCAUAAGGGAGAAGAAAGGCCGGGUUUGGAGGUUUAGUGAUUGGGGUAUGCGAAGAUUAGCUUACAAGAUUCAGAAAGCAACACAGGCCCACUAUAUUUUGAUGAACUUUGAGGUGGGUGGUCAGUGGAUAAAUGACUUUAAGCAGAUGUUAGACCAAGAUGAGAGAGUGAUUCGCCAUCUUGUGAUCAAAAGAGACAAGGCAAUUACUGAAAAUUGUCCACCCCCUCCAGAAUUUCAUACAUUGCGAGCUGACAUGGUAGAUGAGUAUGAAGUUGAUGAGUAUGACGAUGAUGAUGAAGAUGAUGGUGAGGAAUAUGAUGAAGAUGAGCGAGACCUAGAAGGUUAUGAAGAUGAUGAUGUUGAUAUUGAAGAUGUUAGCAGUAAUAAAGUUGUCGAUAAGGGCAAAGAGAAUUUGAAACGUGAGAAGGCACUUAGAUAAGUGGUCAAUGCGCAUUCUCUUAGGAUUUUGCUGUCAGAAAAGCUCAGAGCCUCAGACACCUGUGUUGGAACUGCUGUGACUAUUUUUUGUUCAAGUGCGCUGGUACCUCCCUCUCAGCUGUUGCACUGGUAACUGCCUUUCUGCUGGUUCACCCAUUCUAAUGAAAUUAAUGACUAUGAGUAUACAUUUGAGGUUGAAACGCACGGUGAAACUUGGUAAUGAUUCUGAUAUAUUCGAAUAUGAUGAUGUAAAGUUUGUAAGCGUAGCAAGUCUCGUCCUGGAUCCUGUUGCCAAAAUCUGUGUUUGUCAUCUAGUAUAUGCUUGAUAUUACAUGUAUACGUAUUCUAUAUUUUGGGAUAAUUGGUUUGAAAUUUUCUUGGAA